AUGUCAACAGACAAUAAACUAACAGAGGAAAGAGAUAAAGAGGAAAGAAGAAGACAAGCAAGAAAAAAUAGAAUUCAAGGCAAUGCAGGUAGUAGAUUAGGUUACAUUGCUGAACAACACAAUGAUCCAAACAAACCUGCCCCUAAACCAAUAAUCCAUCAUGAUGAUGAUGAUGAAAAUGCUGUUGACUCUUUAACAGGUUCAUUAUCUUCUUCUACACAACAACCUCAUCAACUACCAACGACAUCACCAUUUGCAAAUAUAGGAGAACGUAGACGAUUUGUAAAGGAACCUUUCUCAAUCACCACCUUUAGAUGGUUUGGUGUAUUUCUCUUUUCAACGUUGCUGGCAUCCAACAACCUAUCGUUAUGCUCUAAUAUACUAUCGAUUGAACACCCACUCUUUGUCAAGUUUGGUAUUCAACUGACCAAUAACCCAACACUCAAAGAGUUUAUCUAUGUCUAUUUCCCUCUAGCUCUUGUAUGGGUCAUUUGGGAAUUUGUAUUUUGUACUGCUAAACCACAAAGACAACAAGGUUCUACAGCUACUACAGCCACAGCUGUUAAACCUGCAACAAGCAACUUUUUACCAAAUCUAAAGUCUGACGGUUUGUUGAUCGUCUUUUUCUAUGCAGUUAUGGUUGAUUUAAUCUUACGUUAUCAUCAUCUCUUACCAGACUCUUUCAAGCAACCUGAACUAUUGUCAGGUAUCGCCGAACAACAACCAUUGGUUGAUAUUCUCUACUAUCCACUCAUACUAGCCGUCAUUGGUAAAAUUGUCCUUGCGCAAUUACCAAAACAAUUCCCAAUCAUCAAUAUGAAUGAAAUGUUCCAAACUGCUUAUCAAGGACUUGGACAAUUUACGAUUAUUAUUUUAUCGUUAUUAUUAUUUGUUGAAUGGUGGACAUGUACCGCAUGUCCAUGUCAAGGUUAUGGCAUUCUUUAUCUCAUGUCCAAUAAACGUGGACUUUUAGUUUGGACCCAUGCUUGUCUCAAUUUAGUUUCAAGAUUAUUAAAUCUCUAA